AUGCUAAUAAUUCCUCCUCAAAAGGCUGGCCAUCUUAAACCGCAUCUUCGCCGCAAGACUCAAUCGCUCCGUAGCGGCGUCAUUGUGGUAGCCAUCAUUCCUGUCAACCUCACUGCUGAUGUUGCUGCAGGCGUUAUCUUGAGUAGCUUUGUCAAAGAGGUGUUGCAAGGUUGGCAGAUUCAUGCCAGGUUUGACAGCCAGCCCGGGAAGCAAAAUGGCAAGAACAACGUGGAAUUCGGGAGCCUGCAUGCCGAUCACACCAGCUUGGUCGGUGACGACAGCUCGGGCAAUGCAGGAGAACUCUUCCUUCAGCGCCGGCCAUUGAAGCAGAGCACCGACGCGGCCUAG